UUCAGAAAUGGGGCCCGGAUGAAGUCGCUGCUUGGUUGGACCUGCUGAGUUUGGGAGAAUACAAAGAAACGUUCGUCAGCCACGACAUCCGAGGGGCCGAGCUUUUGCACCUGGAGAGGAGAGACCUGAAGGAUUUGGGGAUAACGAAAGUGGGUCAUAUGAAGCGAAUUCUUCAGGGAAUUAAAGAAUUUGGCAGAAGCCCACCGUUACCGGAACUGUAGCUGUGUCGGCGGCUCCAUCGAGGAACUGCUAUUUACACAAAGGCAUAGAAGGACGCGGGUUCCUCCCGGGCGAGUAAACGGCAGGUUGUGAGAAGAGCAUUAAUUCUGAUCGGGGCGAGGUUUGAUGAACGAGUAUCCAAAAGGUUUUGUGGGUCUAAAGGUUUUAUGGGGUCAUUUACCCCAUAAUCCCUUGCCAGGCGGAGUCUGGACAACUGAAUUGAGCUGAAUGUUUACUGGCCAGAUGCCCCUCCUGUUGCCAAAACGGAGUUUUGUCCAGCACAUAUAUUCUCAUUGUGCCCAGAGAAGAGAAAUAUCUGCCUCUACCUAGGAUUGAACUCACAGCCUCCCGAUGGUGAGACGAGAGCGCCACCUCUAAGCCACCGCACCACUCUUUUGCGAGUCUAAAAAGGCUGUGAAAUAUAUUACGAGAAGUAAUCAAAAUGUCUCCAUUACAGUAAAAAAAAAAAUCACGUUUCCUGGGUAGCAUGGACAUUAUUCGGACUUUGGUAAUCCACCCAGAUCCUUUCAGGUUCUUUCAAAUUUGCAGAUGACAAAUCAUUUUACAAAACGAGAUUGUUCCGCUUGACAAAUCCUUGAAGCCUAACUUCACCCAGAGCCUCCGGUGUCUUCGUAGACCCGAUCCCAUCCCGAUGUUUCAGUGGUACCUCAAACCAUCGUCCUCUCGGGUUUUUCGCCCCAUUUCGUUGGCCGAAAAUAAUGUUGGAUGCGGUGAACGGACACGCCACAACGUCUCGUUUCUCGGCCCAAACCGCCCUGCUCGUUUGCAUGAUAAAUUCUUACACUUGAAGAACUUUUAUAUCUGUUUUAAUAAGAUUUAAUUUAUUACUGUUUUGGGGGUGGGGGGGGGUGUUAGGGAUUUUAUUUUAUUUUCUCCUGAGGCGAUAGAAAAACACGCGGCGUGUGGCGGACAUUGUUGCCAUAUUCUAGUCGUGAAAAACGUCUUCAACUCUGGCUUCAGGGUCAUUUCAGAGUAUUUCCAAAAUGCUAGAAGGCGACAGGUUUAGGAUUUGGUUCCCCGAGGGAGAAAGAUCUGAACAUUUCCUCACGGUGGAUAAAAUAUGCAACGUUUACUCUCUUCCGUCAAGCAACUCCCAGAUUACCUCGGACGCCUCAGCUUCAAAACGUGGCGGCCGAGCGACCGAAAGUGCAUCGAAUUUGACAUCAACAUCAAGAUUAUGCCGUUUUAAUGAAAUCUGGGAAGGUUAUCGAGCCCGGUCUUUAACCCGUGCAUUAAGCCAACUAUUUUUUUUUAUUUUCAGUUUACAGAUGGAUUUAGCCUCAUCGGAAAUAUUGUUAUCUAAUUGUGUGUUAGUUUGGACUGGAAAAUUUGGUGGAUCGGGGCAGGAAAAGAAAUUCCUUUUCUGAAAAUUGUGUAUCUGCUUCAGAGCCAAGAAACUUCAUAUCUUUGGUGGCGAACCGAGUGCCAAAAAGGGAGUGUGCGGUUUGUGCCCACUCGCGCAACCUGGAAGAGAAGCUGGACAUGUGCACGCCGUGAAAUUAACUUCUGGUUAAUCUGGCUAAUGUCUGGCGCGCAUGCGCACAUGAUGAAUCAGCCGGCCAGCGCGCAUGAGCACAACAGAAACCAGAAGACCAGCUCUUCUAGUUUCCGGCACUACCGCACGUGCGAAGGUCAGCUGAUCAUCGCGCGUGCAUGCACACCAGAAACACGGAAGAGAAAUGGGUGACGCUGCCUGUGCCAGCUGACAUGGCUCUGUGUGCCACUUUGGGCAUGCCGUAGGAUCGCCAUCGCGGCUCUAGAUAUUGUUGAAACCAGGGAGAUCAGCAGAGGAAUCCAGAAAAAUUAAGAUGGUAUCUCGGUGCCGGGGUCACCUCCCACUAUGGAUGAACUACAGCUCCCAACAGCCUCCACGUUUGUCUGUGGAGAUUCUCCAUCAUCCAGGUCACGGUUAUCCCCAAAGUGCUUUUUCCAAAAGAC